AUGACCCGGGACGACUGGCUGGCAUUUGUCGCAGAAUGGCGGCACUCUUACAAUGUAUUCACCAAUACAUUUGAUCCAUCCAACGAGUUUGUGUCAGUCGAUCAGCACCACUACAACGCCCUUCAGGACCUCCUGCAGCAGCGCGGUCUGGAUGGCCUGUUCACCGAUGAGAAGCUGUGGGAACUCGCUUUCGCUUGGCACCGGCUCAACCCGUGGUCGGAUAGUGCCCAGGGUAUUGAAUUGUUGAACCGUCAGUUCGCCACUUCUACCCUGUCGAAUGGGAAUUUCUCUUUACUGCAGGAUCUCCAGCGACAUGGAUCACUGCCUUUCACGCAUCUUGUCAGUGCAGAGAAUUUCAAGGCUUACAAGCCUUCGCCGCUGGUUUAUAACGGUGCUGCCAAGAUGUUUGGACUGGAGCCAGGCCAGUGCGCACUAGUUGCGGCGCAUCUGGAGGAUUUGAAGGCUGCCCAGAGCUGUGGGUUUCAGACUAUCUACGUUGAGCGUGAGCAGGAGGAAGACAUGUCAAGUGAGGAGGCUGCGGAGGUCAAGGCUGAGGGUUGGGUAGAUAUGUGGGUUGACCUUGAGUCCGAUGGCUUCCGAGAGGUGGCUAAGCGAUUUGGGAUUGAGUAA